UCUUUUAGAGUGGAAGGGUGUAGGAAGGAGUUCAGACAGAGGCUAGGUAGGGAUGUGCAAAGGGGAGGUCAAGUGUUAGGGCAUCAUGGUGGUGUUGGUGGUGGUGUUGUUGUCUUGCUGCAUAGACGUUGUCAUGUGCAUGGACGAGAGCGUCUGUCCUUCCUUGGUGUGGUGUCCACUCUGGCGCUGGGGUGGGGUGAAGGGUUUCUCUCAUAAGAAUCUGGUGGAUGGGAAUAGGGGGAAAGGGGUUUCUUCUGGCAUGGCAUGGCUCUCGGUUGGGGGUCGGGGUCCAGGGUGGAGUUUGUUGGGUUAUUUCAAUCCUUUUUGGGGCUACUCCCUUUGGUCUUAUCUCCUCUCCACUUGCAGUUGCGGGAAUAUGCAUCCGCAUGAGGGGUGCUUUUGGAUUUGUGCCCUUGAUGUUAGUGUUGCUUCUGUUGUGAUAUACGGCGUGGUGUGGACCACCUUAGUCAGUCCUUGCAUCUCGAUGGUGCUCCAAAUGGUAUACCGGUAUUUCAAUUGUUUUUAUAUAGAGCCUCUUCUCCUUGUUGUUCGUUACUUUCACGGGUACACACGUAAGCCCCUUAACAGAACCACCGAACCACUGCCCAGCCACCCGACCAAUCCGCCCUUCUCUACCGCUCACAAAAAGUUGGUGGCAGCCAUGCCCGGAGGACAGAAAUAACCCAUCCACCAAAGGUAUAUACUUGAGAAAAACC